UUUUAUCUCAGUGUGUGUCAACAGGCUUCGUGAAGCGCAGCCGGUGGUGUUAUUCUGACGUUUUUGUGUAAUAAAGUAUCUCUAACUGGCUACCGUUCGACGCUAGCUACACAAGUUAGCUAGGAAGGAAACAGGAAGUAGAGCUAUUUGACUGUUACUUUUUUAUUUAUUAUGUAUAUAUAAGCAUUUUUCUCUCAGGAUAAUGUUUUUAAACGUUACCUAACCUCAGGUAUACAAACUGUACACAGACCUAAUGCGUAUUAGCUCAUCAAGUUAACUCAUUGGUGAACUGGUUUCCUCCUUUCCCUUUAUUAACCCAUGUUGACAUAGUAGCCUACUGUAAUAUUCAGUUCUAUACUCCAUCAAAGAGUAGAUAUUGUCCCCUAAACAAUACAUUUCAAGUCGGGUGUCAAGCACAACAUCUGUGGUUAAUUGUUAAAUCAAAUGUUUGGCACUACAGAACCAAAAAGUCCAACAUCAACCUUUUUUGUUUGCUGUUCCCCAUAUUGUCUCUCUGUUCCCUCUCCCUGCCAGGUGUCACUGAAGCAUAGCCAUGGAAGUGCCAUGCUACCUGCCCAAACUGCUGUUAGAGCUCAACGAGCAGCGUAAGCGGGACUUCUUCUGUGACUGCACCAUCCUCGUUGAAGGCCGUGUCUUUAAGGCCCAUCGCAAUGUGUUGUUUGCUGGUAGUGGCUAUUUCCGGGCUCUUCUGGUUCACUAUCUGCAGGAUAGUGGACAGCGCUACAGCACAGCAUCGCUGGACAUCGUGACGGCCGAUGCCUUCUCGAUUAUCCUCGACUUCCUUUACUCCGGACGCUUGGCCCUGAACAGAAGCAACGUCAUCGAGGUGAUGUCAGCAGGCAGCUACCUGCAGAUGACCGACCUGGUGAACUUCUGUAAGGGAUACAUCCGCUCGUCUUUGGAAAUAUGUAAUAAGGAGAAGGAGAGGAACACGAAGAAGGAUGGAGGGAUGGGUCCUGCGGACAGUGGCACUCCUGCUGUGACGGUCUCCUGUGGUGCAGAGGCUGUGGAGCCUCACUCACAGGCUGCAGAGGCCGAUAGAGGGUCGGGUUUAUGUCCGGAGUCCGUGGCCUUGGCUAGAACCCCCUUGUCCAUCCCUGUCAUCACAACUCCAGGCACAAGCAGAGACAUGGACAGCGACUACCAUUCCAGGGAGGAAUUUGCAUCUGGGGGUGAAGGACAGAAGGGACACAUGGAUCAGACUAACCUCUCUUCCUCUUCAUCGUCUGCUUUGACCCCAGAGUUAGUGAACCCCAAGAUAGAGUUCGACCCCGAUGAGGAGCUCAUGGAGUCCCCGGACACCAAAGACCUGGUCCCGUACCCUGGGCCCUCGCUCCAUAACCCUCAUCACAGCAGACUGCUACCUCCCUCUCCUUCCAAUGAGCGCUCUCCCUCGGGAUACAGCCCUUCUUUUAAUGCUAGGCAGCUGAUGGAGAUGCUGGCCAGAGGUGACGGCCCCAGUCCGCCGGGGGACAGAAUGGGGCAGCGCUUUACACAAGGACUAGGUAGCAGCACAGGAGGAGGCCGAGUGGAUGAAGGUUUAGGGUUUGUGGGAUCAUCUAUCAUGGAGAUCCAGUCCGAUUGGCUCGGAGAGGAGACAGGUGAUGGUUUGGUAGUGCAAGUGAAACUCCACAAGUGCCCAUUCUGUCCGUACACGGCCAAGCAGAAGGGGAUUAUGAAGAGACACAUCCGCUGCCACACAGGAGAGAGGCCCUUCCCCUGUCCCAUGUGUGGCAAGAGGUUCACAAGACAGGAGCACCUCCGCAGCCACGCCCUCAAUGUCCACAGGCACAACUGGCCGGUACCGUGUAAGGGCUGCAGGCGGACCUUCACCGGAUCCGGCGUCACGGCGGGACUCAGGCGCUUCGGCAUCUGCGACAGCUGCAACUGCGUGACCACCACUCAUGACGACUCCGCCAGCGGUCACCCGGCCAGCCAAGCAGAGCCCACGGAACGUGGAGACGCGGGCACGGAUUGGUCCAGAUUUAUGGACGACGUAGAUGAGGUGGAGGUCGGCAGAGUGGAGGACAUGGUAGAGAAACAGAUGCUUGAUAGGCAGCUGGCUGUCUUCACUGAUGUAGGGAACACGGUGAAUCUGUAGUAGAAGAAAACUUCUUCUUAACUGUGGCCAAACUGUUAUCGAUGUUAAAUUAUUACUGAAAUGUUGCCUUAUUUAUUGCCUCAUUUUGUAAUGUGUCCUUUUGACUGUGUGAGAUAUCAUGCUCCGGUGAUUUUGCCUGGCAGCAAUUAGCUCCAGUGGUUUUAAAAUGUUUCUAAUCACAAAGUUUGUCCUUUUUAUUUAGUUUUUUCUUCACACAGUUGCUCAAAUACAAAAGUAUCUGUAUGUGCUGCACAUAAAGAGAACAUGGCUGUCAAACUUUACAGACGAUGGACAAAAUA